UCUUGCUCUGGGGCGAGUUGAUCUGGACCACAAACCGCAUCCGUCGUCGUCGCCGACACAUCCGCAAAGAUGAGCCACACGAUCUCCUACCGACGCUUCGUCUCUGAGAUGGCCAGGAUCAGUGCCAACGCUCACAAGGGCAAGCCUCCGGCACUGUACAACCUCCACAAGCUGAGGGCAUCGCCUUUCGAGCCCGUGUCGGCAAAGCUGCUGGCUGCCAAGGAGGCUCUCGACACGAACUUUGUACGGGUGAAAUCCGAGCUCUACGACGAGACCAAGCAGCACUCGCUGGCAGUCUCCAAGGUUCUGCAGUCGGACGACACCUGGAAGCAGCUCAUCGCGACAAGCACGCCCCCUGCCAGCGACGCUGCGCCCGAAUCCAAGCAAUCCUUCCUGACAGACAUCCCGCUGCCCAAGAUUAUCCUGAGGCAUGUCACCAAUCCGUCAGAGGCACUCGAAACGGGCAUGGCCCUGGGCAAGAUUACGGGUUUCCGAAUUCAGGUCAAGGGCCGCCGAGGCACUCGGUCUGUGACCAACCUGGUGCACUAUGGAUCGUUGGGCGCCGGUGACAUCCAUAAUGCAUACACCGACUUUGGACGAUCGUUGUUUAUCACCAAGCGCGGUGUCACUGGCGUCAAGGUUUGGGUGGGAUAUGCAAAGUAGACCGGAUCCAAAUCUCGGCAGCCGCGGAUGAUGGGUUCGAAAUACAGACGCUAGCAUACAAGACAUCUGCGAGCAGCAACGGCCAUGUGCGAGUCGGCCGACUGAUCCAUUGGCGGUGCUCGUUGAGCCCAAUGCCGCCCAGACACCAUCUCUC